UUAGUACUCUGUGUGUGUGUGUGUGUGUGUGUGUGAGAGUGUGUGUGGGAGAGAGAGAGCGAGCGGGCGAGCGAGCGAGAGGGUAGGUGGGGCUUAAUGCACAGCUGCCGACACUCGUCACAACCUUCAGAGCCGGACGGCUACAGAAAUUGAAUGGAAAUCGCGAAGGUCCUAACGAAACGAACACAGGAUCUACAAUAAGGUCAGCCGCGGAUUUAAAAACGACCAACAGCGCAGGCUGAAUAUACAACGGCUAGCAAAUCACAUUAAUGCAAAACCUUUUGUGUUAUAAAGUAGCCUAUUCUGAGAGGACCUUUCCUUCGUCUGUCGUGAAAAGAGGACUGCACUAAAUAAAAGACUGCAUCAACGCAAAUAAGGCACUCAACAGUUUUUAAAUACACGAAGCAACGAAUUGGAACUGAAGACAUUAUUUUCAUGGGAUUACAUUGCAUUUGAGAGAAGAAAAUCAAGUAUCGCUGUAUGCAAACGGAUUAUCUGCUACUGUACCGGUUGCAACAAAGAAACUAUGUGGGGUUUCCUAAUGUUUUUGUGUAUUUGCCUAUAGGGUUGAAAUUCUCUUAGUUGUGCAUUUUGUCCCAGGACAGAUCUAAUCGGGCGCCGCGUUCUCUUCUUAUCUCCGCCUCGCUAAACUUACUGUUGUAGAAAUAUUGGCCAUAACUGACUGUGCGAUCGUGCUCGUUCUGUGAGCAACAUGCGGAACGACGCAGCUAUACAAAUAUUUUUCAGACGUGUUGGUGGAUAUUGCUCAUAGUUGUAAGCGUUGGUUUCGAGAAAUGUGGGCUCGUCUUCUAAGCCCCGUCUCCAUGUCAUAGCUCAGAUCGGUAGUGUUUUGCGCACGACAUUUUCAUGAAGUGUUACAGAUAAAUUUCGAGGGAAAUCGAAAUCGUGUCAUGUGCAAAAAAUGGUAACUUCCAACUAUUACCUGACUUAACCUUUUUUGGACCCUAUUUUCUGGACCCAUAGUAACUUUCAAACUUUUAAAACUUUGUAUUUAUUUUUGAUAAUUGUUGCACGAUGUAUGAGAGUGUGGAUGUAGUGGGUUUGACUUCGAGUCCAACUCCAUUUCUAAUGAUGGAUUACUACAACCAGAACAGAGGAUGUUUGAUCCAGGAGAAGGGGCUGCCUGGAGCGCCCCGUCCCUACAGCACGUCCACCAGGAACCAGCACUGGAACGGCUCAAAUCACUCCAUAGAAACGCAGAGCACCAGUUCGGAGGAGAUCGUGCCGAGCCCCCCCUCGCCCCCCCCUCCCCCAAGGGUCUACAAGCCGUGUUUCGUCUGCCAGGACAAGUCGUCAGGGUACCACUAUGGAGUCAGCGCCUGUGAGGGCUGCAAGGGUUUCUUCCGGCGGAGUAUUCAGAAGAAUAUGGUGUACACGUGUCACCGGGAGAAGAACUGCAUCAUCAACAAGGUCACCCGCAACCGCUGCCAGUACUGCCGUCUGCAGAAGUGCCUGGAAGUGGGCAUGUCCAAGGAGUCCGUGAGGAACGACCGCAAUAAGAAGAAGAAAGAGGAGAAGAAGCAGGAGUGCACGGAGAGCUACGUUCUGAGUCCGGCCACAGAGGAGAUGAUCGAGCGCGUGCGAAAGGCCCACCAGGAGACCUUCCCCUCCCUCUGCCAGCUGGGCAAAUACACUACAAACAACAGUGCACAGCAUCGCGUGGCUCUGGACGUCGACCUCUGGGACAAAUUCAGUGAGCUGUCCACCAAGUGCAUCAUCAAAACGGUGGAGUUCGCCAAGCAGCUGCCCGGCUUCACCACGCUCACCAUCGCCGACCAGAUCACCCUGCUGAAGUCCGCCUGUCUGGAUAUCCUGAUCCUGCGGAUCUGCACGCGCUACACGCCGGACCAGGACACCAUGACCUUCUCGGACGGCCUGACGCUGAACCGCACGCAGAUGCACAACGCCGGCUUCGGGCCGCUCACCGACCUGGUCUUCGCCUUCGCCAACCAGCUGCUGCCCCUGGAGAUGGACGACGCGGAGACCGGACUGCUCAGCGCCAUCUGCCUGCUGUGUGGAGAUCGGCAGGACCUGGAGCAGUCGGAGAAGGUUGACGUGCUGCAGGAGCCGCUGUUGGAGGCGCUAAAGAUCUACGUCAGGAAGCGGCGGCCGCACAAACCUCACAUGUUCCCCAAGAUGCUGAUGAAGAUCACCGACCUCAGGAGCAUCAGCGCCAAGGGGGCGGAGCGCGUCAUCACCCUGAAGAUGGAGAUCCCGGGAUCCAUGCCCCCCCUCAUCCAAGAGAUGCUGGAGAACUCUGAGGGGAUAGAGAGCCAGGGGGCAGGGGGGAGCAGUCGGGCCAACGGGGCCCCCCCGGGGAGCUGCAGCCCCAGCCUGUCCCCCAGCUCCCCCCAAAGCAGUCCGGAUACGCACUCCCCAUAGACUGGGACUACCUCGGGCCUGGAACACUGGCCUCUGCUUCAGCACCCCCCAGCCCUAACCCUACCACCCCCCGCCCCCUCCCCCGCCACCUGAAAAACAGAGUGAGCAGAACAGGAAGUCACCUUUUCGCCCGGAAGAACUGUACGGUGUCACUGCUGACUCAUGUGCUACACACCUCCCCACCCACACCCCAUUCCACCCAAAAAAAAACUAGAGCAAACUGGAUUCACUCCCAGUCUGAGGUGUGGGGUCUGUGUGGUGCAGCUGGAACUGUCGGCAGAGGACAGACAGACGGACGGACGGACGGACGGAUGGACGCGGGACAUUGUUUGUCCCCUGAGGAUUUCGUGGUCCUGACUGAGCAGAGAUCGCCAAGAAAGGGUUUUCCCCUUUUUCUUUUGUCAGCUUUCGGACAGAUGUUUUCUUACAAAAGAUAUACAAAUAUAAAUAUAAAUAUAUUAUAUAUAUAUAAAAGAUUGAGGAAUGAUUGAGAUUGAAUUGUGAUGGAAUGACUAGUGAAAAGUGUUUUUUUGAAAAGUUUUCCCACUGUUUCCGAGAUGAGAUGAAUUGUGUUUGCUUCACUGUUCUGAUAUGUUCGUGCUCAUGAUAUUGACAAAUUCUCGACAGCGUGAUUGCAAGCUGUAUUUUUUUUUUUAAAAGCAAAAGAGUACAAAAAAAUUCAGAUCUGGAUUUCUUUUACACACGCGCACAGGGUUGGGAUAAAAAUGGUGACACAAACUGUUCUGUUUGUUUUGAAUGUUUGUUUUUCAUUUUAAUGAAAAAAAGAAUGAAAAAUUUCAUAUGCUAUUAUACUGGUUCCAUGUGUUUAGGUCACAGGUCCUUGAAAAACAAUGAAGAUUGUCUUUGUAAAGGUUGAUUUAAGUAGCCUCUAAAAUAAUGUACAUAAGCUGUAUUCAUUCUUUAAAGUAUGAAGAGUUUAGCCCUCACUUGAUUUUUAAAAAACAGCCUUUUCUUUUUUUUUGUUGUUUAAGAAAAGUCAUUUUAAGCACAUUUUAUUGAAGGACUGGCAUUGAUGGACUGUUUAGGAAUCUUAGAUAAGGGACAGAUGUGUAAAAACUAAUGUAGGGGAGAUGCUGAGCGCUGACGAGCAGCACCUUUCCCUGAAAUAAAGGAGAAUGAGAACGAAGUGAUCAACGGUGCUGUUACGAGGACGGGUACCCGUGCUUUCAGGAAGUGAUGUCACGUGAUCAGAGAGGCGAUGCUUUGGGGAGGGGCGGAGUCAGGUUUUGAUGAUUGAGGGCAGAAUGCAGAGAGGCCUCAGUUUAGAGACAAUAGAUGAAGGUAUAUGUAUUUUUAUCUGCCCCCUUCCCUACCCAAUUUCUUUCACAGGUCGAUUCUGCACAUACACACACAAAACUGCCUCAGGAAUCUACGGGCUUGUAUCGCUGACCGCGCGUCAUAUAUGCCGUUAUGUGAAUAUGAGCUAGGUUGUUAAUCCUCCACUCCAAGCCGCAGUACAUACACCCAUAAACGUACAUUCAUAUCGUCGGUGUCGCACAAGACACAAAAAAUGUCUAUAUUUUUCCAAAAAAAUGAGAGUACAGGGUUCUCGUCUGACACCACAAUUAUGUGUAUGCAUGUGUGUAUGUAUCCUGGCCUCUGCUUUCUGUACACAAGGACGAAUUGCGAAGGCACUGGAAGCAGCCAUGCACUCUGUUGUGGAGACAGAUUCGUACGGUAACGAUGGCAGCCACACACCCAGUUAAAGGGGAGAAAGAAGCUGUCAGGUCACGGGGCGAAGAACGUCAAUAAACAAUUCUGUUUAUUUCAUCUUUCAAAGGAGCUUCCUCUUCUUCUUCGUUCACGUUUAGCAUUAAAUAUUAGUAAAUUAUUCAAUAUCACUGAAUUUCCGUCCUUCUUAAAUUUAACGCUUUUACCUAUCGUUUUAUUCUGUUCGACUUGGAAACGGAAACUGUUGCAAUUCGAACAAAAUUUAUAUACCUCGCAUCUGAGGGUCACAAAAAUAACUGGCUUGGCCGAUAACCACGUGUGUUCGUGGAAUAAGUCAAAUAAAUAAAUUUCAGCCAAACAAGGAAAAUAAUUCUGCGACAUUUUCCUUCAAACGGAAGAAUUAUUCUAACCCAGUGCCGUCCAUGUGUCAUUUCAUGUCCUAACACAGGGUGGCGAUCACAGAACUAACUGCUAGGGAUGGCCACACGCUCAUAGCACGCCGUGUUUGGACCUGUGACGAAUGUAAGCAUGAGCGUGAGCAAUGAAGUCCUUUGGGUGCAAACAAUGCCGCCAAUACAUACGAGCUGCUCCAAAAUACGACAUUUUCAGCAGGUAGGUCUUCUUAAGAAGUCAGCUGUUUUAGUUAUAAUUGUACAUUAAGAAGAAAUAAAAUAAUUUGAUUCCUCCCGUGGGGCAUUUGGAAACGCAAUAAUUGCCCAUAAGAAACUGCAAAACACUGAAUGUAUAGCCUAUCUCUGGAUUUUUUUUUUUUUUUUAAAGGCUGCUCACAAAUUCGUAAUCCUUCGUGUAUCGUCUCUAAUUUAGUUUCAGCUACUGUAUAUAUAUCAGAUAGCAGCUAAAAUAAAAGAAGAUACAAAAAAGA